AUGCUUUAUAGAAAAAUUAUGCUAUGUUUUAUCAUUUGGUUACUCUCCAUUUUCUGCUUUUAGUACAAAAAGCAUGCAGAAGGUUCAAAGCAAUGUUCAUUUGGUUACGCGCACAUCCCCUUUGGUUACUCUCCAUUUUCUGCAAGUUUUUAUCAUUUGAAACUUUUGUAUAAAAUUUUCUAAAGUAUGCUAUGUUUUACUUAUUUGUACCGUAUAGUAAUUAGAUAGAUAGUAAAUAAUGUUUCAAUUUCGAAAACAAAAAAAUGACAGUUUCUUAAUUUAAGUAUAAAACUUAAAGUAUCAUUUCUUGCAAAUUUCAAGAAAGAAACCAAAGGGCUGCAUGUAUGUACUUUCACAGCUGUCUGCCAGUAAUAACUUGAAGUCUUUAGUCAAAAUAAACGGUCAACAUAGCCAAUAGUAAAUGAUAUCAUAGGAAAAUGUAGUUAACAGUUAAUGCACUCACCAAGGAUGCAAGUAUAUAAAAAGAAAACCCGGAAGAGAGAAUGGAGAGUAACCAAAGGGAUUUUUGCAAUGCAGAUUUCUAUUAAGACAGUCGAGGGGAAAAACAUAAACCUAGAGGUGGAGGAUAACUCCAAGCCCGUCGACCUCAAGAUCUAUGGACCCACCCGUCAACUGGUUCUAGGUUUGAAUCCGGAUGCGUAUCCAACUCAGGACGCAGUCAUGCGGAUUUUUGUAUCGACUAUAAAGGAGAAAACAUUCAUCCUACAAGUGAAGGGGUCCGAUACCAUUAAAAAAGUCAAGACCAUGAUCCAUGAUCAGGGUGGCUUACCGGUGGACCAGCUGAAUCUUAACUUUCUUGGGACCAAGCUUGAAGACAGUCGCACCGUAGCUUACUACAACGUCAAGCCGGACUCCAAUCUUGUCAUUGUGCAGCGUGGUUGCAUUUGCUAAACCUUUCUCUUUGUUUUCCAAAAUAUUAUCAGUAUUGCUUUGGAUAAUUUCAAACACAAGUAGCUUUUUAAAAGUUCAUUUUGAGAACUUUAUAUCUUAGGGCUAAGGAAUAUAUAUUCUUAUGUUGUUAAGAAAUGGCUAAAAAAUUUUAAUGGUUUGAAAUAUCAAUUUUAGUUUAUUUGUCAACUU